GGCGGGGUUAGUGGCGGCCAGCGGGCAGCAGGGCCUCGCCUUUGUGGUCGUGGAAAGAGAAGAUGGCUCCCGUUCUGGAGAAGCAACUCCUGGGCACAGCCGGGGCAGCAGACAACAACAAUGAAGAGGGAGAAGGGCAAAACCUUUGGUCUUCAAUACUGAGUGAAGUUUCAACAAGGUCAAGUUCAAAGUUGCCAUCAGGAAAAAAUAUAGUCGUAUUUGGCGAAGAUGGGUCUGGAAAGACAACAGCUAUGGCAAAACUGCAAGGUGCCGAUCACAACAAAAAAGGACGAGGGUUGGAGUAUCUGUAUUUAAGUGUUCAUGAUGAAGACAGAGAUGACCUCACUCGAUGUAACGUGUGGAUUUUGGAUGGAGACCUGUACCACAAAGGCCUGCUGAAGUUUGCGGUUUCAGCUCAGUCACUACGUGACUGUUUAGCUAUUUUUGUUGCUGAUAUGUCACGGCCCUGGACUAUAAUGGAGUCACUACAGAAGUGGGCAAGUGUUUUGCGUGACCACGUGGACAAGCUGAAGAUCCCUCCUGAGGAGAUGAGAGAAAUGGAGCAGAACAUGGUAAGAGCAUUCCAAGAGUACACAGAACCAGAAGAUGCCACACAGGCCUCUCCACAGAGACGAGCCCCAACAACAUGUGAUGAUGAGGCUGUUGUGCUACCACUUGGGGACAACACACUCACACACAACCUGGGCAUUCCAGUACUUGUAGUUUGUACCAAGUGUGAUGCGGUCAGCAUUUUAGAAAAAGAGCAUGACUACAGAGAGGAGCACUUUGAUUUCAUCCAGUCCCACGUCAGGCGGUUUUGCUUACAGUAUGGUGCAGGUUUAAUCUACACUUCGGUUAAAGAGGAGAAGAAUCUGGAUUUGCUUUACAAAUAUAUAGUACAUAAAGUGUAUGACUUUCAGUUUACCACUCCAGCCUUGGUGGUGGAAAAGGAUGCAGUAUUCAUCCCAUCUGGAUGGGAUAAUGAGAAGAAAAUUGGGAUUUUGCAUGAAAACUUUACUACAGUCAGACCUGACGAUCCUUUUGAAGAUUUUAUCAUAAAGCCUCCAGUACGAAAGCUUGUUCAUGACAAAGAGAUAAAUGCAGAGGAUGAGCAGGUAUUCCUGAUGAAACAGCAGUCACUGUUAGCAAAGCAGCCAGCCACACCAACAAGAGGAGCAACGGAAUCUCCGGGGAGGACAGCCUCUGGUUCUCCAAGACCUGCAGGUCGUGCCGGCCAACCCAGUGUAACUAGUGGCUCACCGAUGACUGCUGUGAAAAAGCCUGAUCCUAACAUGAAAGCAGGGACUGCCAAUGAGGGAGUGCUGGCUAACUUCUUCAACAGUCUACUGAGUAAAAAGACUGGAUCCCCAGGGAGCCCAGGAACUGGAGCAGUUGGAACUGGUGUGCAAGGAUCUGCCAAAAAAACAGAAGCCGGUUUUGACUGAUGUCCAGGCUGAGUUGGACAGGAUGACUCGCAAACAAGACUCCAUGGUUUCAGCUAACAACAUACCACCACCGACAGAAAAUGAAGCGUGAGGGCAAGAAAAACAGUCGUGUGAUCUACUGCGUUAAUCCUCUGGAAAAUUACACAAACAUGCACAUGUACGCAUAAGCAAAUUGACCAAAUUCCAAAUGUCUAUAAUAUUCAGCACAUGCGGUGGUUUCACCGAAAUGAGUUUCAGAUGCUGUCAGAUAUUUUGGUGUUCUGAGACGAUGGGAAGAGUUGGAUAAACAGAGAUGGAGUUGUUGAUAAAAUUUGUAAGCACGGAUGCUUGGCUUUAUUUCUGUCCUCUCUUACUUUUUGUUUUGUUUUUGUUUUUCUGAAGGAUGUCAGUAAAACAUAACACGCACACGCUUUGGUUGACAGCCAGAAGCUCGGGGCUUCUCCUCCUGAGCUUACGAACAGGACCGACGCUGGACAUGUGACCGCUGAUUUAGCUUAUCUCACUGAAGGAAUUGUUUGAGUGAGAAGGGUAUUCAGUCUUUCAGUAGAUUUGUUGAAGAAAGCAUUUUAAAUACUUGCAAACAUGGUAUGUAAAAAUGGUUUCCUUUGAUGUAUUUAUACAAGGUCCUUGUUAUUAAUUUUAUUUUUGUGUGCCGCUCAUUGGUUUAAGCAGACGCUCAAUCUGUAUCACAUACUGUCACGUGAAAAUGCCACUGGCAUCACCAUCAUGACACUAAUACUGUAUGACAGAUCUGUACACCCGAUUGCAUAUCACAUCAUUCGCCCAUGUCAUUUUGAAGGGUUUUGUAAAUAUAAAUUAAUAAUAAUAAUAAAAAAAAAUCUUCAGGUAAAUUUAGAUUUUGUAUAAAAGGUAAUUAUGUCCACUUUUUUUAAACUAACUUCUUUGACUCAAGACCGGUUGAGAUUCAACAGGAAAUUAGGUUGCAAUGGAACCGCUUCUUUUAGCUACAAGUGUGUAUAUUUUUGGGGGAGGGGGUGGGGCAGUAUCUUUCCUACUAUAACUCCCAAGUGCCUCGCACAGUUUGUCGUUUGUGUCAUAGUAGAGGUGCUCAUCUUCAUGAAAGAAAUGCACUGUAGCACCAUCUGUUAAAAAAAAAAAAAAAAAGUUUUUAUCCUUUUUUUCUCUCAUCCAAAUAAUUUAUUUCAUUUUACAUUUUUGUUUUUGUACAAAAAAGCCUGUGGUCUAUUAUUUUUCAGAAGUAAUAUUUCUGUGGCUUAGUUGAGUGUUCAGUAGGGAAAUCGGUUGAAUGUCUGUUGAAGACUAUAAUGACUGCUGAUACCUAGAAAACUCAAGUUUUAACUUUUGGUUCCCAGCAAGAACACUUACUGCGGUUUAAACUGCUUACAACCAAAAUACUUUUUUUUUUUUUCCUCCCCUGUGGUUGUUUGAUCAAAUGCGUUACUGUACUCAUGUCUUUCAGCGACUUGACAGCUUGACAGUUUGGUUUUGCUUUCUUAAUUCACACUAUACUUCACAUUGUUAAAACAUUCCCAGUUUCUACUUCAUGUUGCAGUAGAAACAUGUCACUGUAGGAAACCAGUUUGUCCAGUUGGCUUUUCAUGUUUGUUGUCAUUCUUUGCCCUUUUACAAUGACUUUUGCCUUCAGUAUACAGCCAAUAGUUUGUCACACAUCACACCCUGCCUUUACACUCUAGAUCCAAAUAGUUUUGUGUGUCCUUCAGUGGGUCACUUAAUUGUCUUAGAGACUUUUUUAAAGUUAAAACUAUUAUAUAGCAUGCUAUAAAAUAUCUAAUUAUUUAUGGUUUUGUAAAGCUGUGUGCUCAUAAAUAUGUAUGCAAGGUCCUUCUUAAUCCUGUGGAUGUAACAUCUGCAAAACUUUCACUGAUUUCAUGGAAGAUGUGAAGAGAGCAAUUAUUUGCUGUUUGUAUAAUAGCAAAAUAUAGAACUCGAGUGAUUUGGAACAUGUAACCAAAGACAUACUAGUCAGUUUUCUGUUUUAGUUGGUAGUUAUCCAUAGGAUUAACAAUGGUCCUUUUUUUUUUUCUACCUUUUGUCAGAGAUUUUGCAUUCCAAUCUUUACAUAUUUAACACCCCACAAACUUAAGAAAUGAAAUAAAAUGGGAGAAAGACCUUCUUCAGCAUAGGUUUCAGGAGUCAAGAAAAUGUGAGGCUCAUUAUGGUUAUUACUGUUGUCACUGCAGUUUCAUGUUUAUACAGCUGUUGAAUUGUUAGCAGGAUUAUGCAAAUCCAAGACUUUUUUACAUAGAGCCUGUGAUGAGUUUUGGUGUAACAAGUAAUAGAAUUGUUUACAUUUUGGGGCAGAUCUGCAAAGAGAGACAGAGCGGUCAAUAAAAGCAUCGAGCCAGUCUUACAGUAGAUUCCACAGAAUUUUCAAGCAGGACAAAGACAUUAGUGACAUGACAAUAGUUUCUUUUACAAAUAAACAUAUUGCUGCAAAAUUUGUUAAAGCCGUUUGUCUGGUUCAGAAUAUGUCAUAGUAGACGAACUAUGAGACAAACUGCUUUAACUGGAGUUAGGAUUUUACUACUGAGCUCAUCUACACUAAAGAGGAUGAAACCGUUUGUUCUGACGGGAUACAACCAACUGGAUUUGUGGUUCAAUCUUCAAAAAGGGGGCAGGACCAUGAUUUCUUUCUCUUUUUUUUUUUUUUUAAUGCACUAACAGUUGCCCUUUCUGGUUUAUUUUCUAAUAUCUGAUCCGUGGACACAGUGUUAUAAGGGUUUUUGUUAGGUUUAUUUUUACCACAAUAAUAACCACAAGAACAGAUUUUGAAUCUGAUAUGCAUAAUUUAAUGCUGCACCUAUUCUGGAUUUACUUUGGUUCAGUUAAGAAGCAUUCAUUUUUUAAAUGACUGGGUGAAUAUACACCCAGGUUCUCUUUUUGAGAUGGUCAAAGCACAAGAGAAGAUCAGUUGGGAACAGUAUUGCCAUAUGUUGAAGUAAGCACUUUUCCUGGAAUUCUACCUUGUACCAAUUUCUUGUUGCUCCUACUGAAGAUGCAAAUUUCUUUCCCCUUGUUUUGCUUCACCUAUUAAUGAACUGCUACCCGCAGUUAACCUACAAGAUAAAAUUUCACUGUUUAUCUUCAGAAGGUGGUAGUGAUGAACCAUUCAGGAUUAAAUGCAAUAACCCCUUUCUGCUGGUGUGGAUGUAUUAUUAAUCUAGGAGAGAACAUGUCGUGAAGGGGGUCAGGUAUUUCUUUGCUCAGAAAUACUCAAAUGUAAUUUUUGACAUCUCCGGGCACGUUAUUUUUCUUGAAGAACCUUAGCAGCUCUGUUUUUUUGUUUUGUUUUUUAACCAUUCUACUUAGUGCAAUGAAGUGCUCUCAUGCUGUUUGAUUUCACUGUUGCAUUUGGUGUUUGUAAAGAUUUGACAUUGGUCCCAAAGAUUUGACUACUGGAUCUUGUAACUUUUGUACUCAAAAUUUUGAGUGUGACUGUCCUGACAUCCCAACUAAAAUGCCGACAUCUAUAAGAGUCUACGACUUUGAGCUUCCAGUCCUUUGUAUUCAGGAUAUCAAGGUAUUGUAACCACAUGGCUGACUUUGAGUGCCCUGAAAUUAUUCUGAAGUUUGAUUGUAUGAGUUAAACAGUUCUGUUGCCUCUAUGCUGUCCAUGUGGAUUGUAGCUUCUUACGCUGAUAAAGAUAAGGAAAUGGUUUGUCAAAACCUAGCUUCAAUAAAAACCAAGAAUCCAAA